UAUUUUUGUCAAUAAUAAACAUCAAGGGAAGUCGAGCCAACGAAUAUAAACCAUCGGCGACGUGAAAACCGGGAGAGAGGGGUUGUGCUUUUGUUUUUUAUUUACAAAAUUCAUUUAAAACACCAGCAGAGUUAAAGAACAACUGUAAAUGUGACUCUCACGUUAAAAAUGUCGUCGGGAAGCUUUAUAGACAUUUUAGCUCUCGGUCGCGGAAUCUGGAAUACAUCUGAUCUUCUAAGCGGUGCCCUCCAUGGAAAUUACACUGCGAAAUCCAACCACCGGAUACUACAAUACAUUUGGGAUUUUCGAAUUGGCAGGGAGGAGUAUAUAGCAUCCCCUCUCUUCCCGGUUAUUCUCUCCGUAGUGUUUUAUUUCUCCUUCUGUACUCCAUUUAUGAUUGCCGAUCUCCUCGGCGAACGGUUACCAUGGAUCCAUAAAUACAAGAUUCAGACGGACAAAAAGGUAACGCUGUCACAAAUUUACGAUACGCUGCAACUGACUUUCUGGAAUCAUGUGCUUUUCGUCCUCCCUGCCGCCGUUGGCCAGUGGAUCUGGGCCCCGCCUACCCCGCUUCCACAUCUUGCUCCCGCCAUGUCGGAAUUUCUCUGGCACAUAAUCGCCAGUUUGGUAAUUUUUGACUUUCAAUACUACGUGUGGCACUGGUCCCACCACAAGGUGCGUUUUCUGUACAAGCACAUCCACGCAGUGCACCACCGAUACAACAGUCCAUUUGUGUGGGUAACGCAGUAUCUCCAUCCCUGGGAACUAGUCACGGUCGGUUUCCUGACUACCACCAACUCAUGGUUCCUCAAAUGCCACCCUAUGACUACCUGGUUCUACAUGCUGUUAAGCAUCGUUGUCAGUGUGGAGGCACAUAUUGGGUACGAGUUUCCUUUUUGUAUCCAUAACUGGGAGCCAUUCGGGUUGGUUGGCGGUGCCCCUAAACAUGAUAUGCACCACUUAAAGCCAAUGACCAACUUCCAACCAUUUUUCAAUCACUGGGACAAGUUAUUUAACACCUUCUGUCCAUUCAUGAAAGCGGGUGGAGUAAAAACAAAGGCGCUUGUGGAGUACGAACGUCGUCACAAAGAGGCCAAGAAAGUUGCUUGAUUCGCCAAAACAAAAAAGAAGGAAAGGUGAAUGGUGUCUAAAAUUCUGAGGAUAUAAGCGAGGAAAUUAUUGAAACUUAAUUAAUAAAAUUAUAAUAUUUUCUUCGAAGAAAACAUCGGGGAAAAAAAGAAGAAAAAGGGGCAAGCGCCACAAUAUCUUGAUUGGAAAUGUUGUUAGUAAGGAGAAUAUUCAGAAGAGAGCUGUUCAGAGAGUCAAUGGGUAUUUGUAAUCGGUGCUUAAAUGUCACUUAAUACAUAAACGACUUAUUUUACAGAAAUUAUCAUGAAUUGAUGUGAUAGAGGAAAUAUUUGUUUAACUAUAAAAUUACCUGUAGCUGAAUAUGUCUCAUUUUACAUGAUAUUUUUAUUUUACAUUGUGAUUCAGGGAAAUAUACAAUUUUUUUUCUUCAAAGAAUUGUAUGUAGAUACUUUUCUUAAUACAUAUGUAGGUUCGUUGAAUUGAAACGGGGGACACCGGUUUUGCACUUAAGUAGACAAAAAUGUUUGACAAAUUCUUAGCAGCUUUGUUGAUAUUAGACUAUUCAUACUUAAUCCAGCAGAGAUAAGUACGUGAUAAAGAGAGAGUGCUGCUUAUUUUAGAACCCCCUGAGCCUCUUGUGGUGGUCUCUUCUUAUUGCCACCUGAUUCAAUCAAUAACAUGUACAAAACUGUGCUCCAAUGGCUCCAAAAAAAUUAUUUCCAACGCAAAAAAGGCAUGAGAUCGAUAAUCGUGCCUGCUGACAGGAUUUUUGUGUCGCACGUUAUGAACGAAUAAAACUAUGUUCAGCAUGCGGAAUGACUUUAUUAACAACAUCAACAUUCUAUUUACCUCUAGAUUGUGUGUGCUUUGUUAUAAUUCCUUGGUUAACCAUUAUAUAAAGUGGAGUAGAUCUUUACCGUAACACAUACUUUUGUUGAGGGUUUGAUUCCUGUUACUUGUGCUAUAUAUAGCUAUAUAUAAUUUUGACUAAUCUAAAUAUUAAGAACAUUUGAUGUGAUGUUUAGGGUGUGCACAUUUUCGAUCUUUGAUUUAAUAUAGACUGAAGUUAAUGUAGGAAAAAUUAAUUUUUUGCUAUAAUAAUAAUAUAUAUAUAUAUAUAUAUUUUAUAAAAUGUGACAAGAGCUAGUCAUAUACCGAAAGUAUUCAUUGUUUAAUCAUGCAGUAUUACAAUGUAUUUAUUAGCUAAUAACGUUAAUUUAGAGAGUAAAAGUUAAGAUUUUUAAAUGGGUCACUGAUAACUUUUUAACCAUUUCAUUAUGCAGAUAUAACCCACCCAUUCCAAUCCUUGUUAUAUACAACGAACAGAUUUUUCCCCCGCAAAAAAAUAAUGAAUACCAGUAAAAUGCUAAUAUUCCUGUAGUAUUGAAAAUGAGUGGCGGGAUAAACAUCACAUAUUUUCAGAGUUUUAGACACCACUCUUUUUUUCUUUUUCAUGAGUUAUCAUACACUGUUUUUUAAUCAUCAAAUUAUCAUAAUCCGAAGACCCUAGCAAUGAUGUUCAUUACAAAUCAAUGAAUUGAUGCGGGAUCUUCGUAACAUGUCAGUCCCACUCUCCCCCGAUCAUUUUAGAAUGACGCACUCUAUUAAUGUGCCGACUAGAAUUACCUUGGAGUGGGUUUGUGUUAUUCACUUGAUAAAAGUUCAAUUUUUUUUCAAAUUAAUUUUUACAUUUUUCAGAUUUUUUUUAUAAUCCACUGUCUUUUGCAAUGACGUGCUGAAUACAGCACUGAGACAAAAACAGCUUAUGUUUUAAUUUUUUGUUGUUCUGUAUCGAUGUUGUUUUAUACUGCUUAAAAGCUAUUGCUUGAUAGGAUGGACAUUUAUGCAACAUUAAUUCGCAGCAAUAAUUUAUGAUCCCAAUGACGCUCUUUAUUUUGGAGCCGAUAAAGUUUUUGCUGUGAUGUUAAACAAAAUCCCUGUACAUCAAAUGACGUUCUCUGUUGUAGAGCUGAGAGGGAAGUUUGUAAAGCAUGUUAAUUCUGCUAAUAAAGUAAUAAAACUUUA